AUGGAGAAACCAAAACCGGCUUCCAUAAAUCGGUCUCAAACAUGGGGCUGGAGGGCGAUCGUCUGGAUGGCAGCAUCCAUGGGGAUACUAGGCCUGAUGAGAUUCCGUGAUAUCCCUAUCUCGCAUCGCUGGGCCUUUUCAGGCCACGAUUGUGAAGUCCACAAAUCGCCGUAUGGAUCGUUUCCCCAUCAGGGUGAUCCAUUUCAUUUUAUUCCUUGCACUGAUGCGAGUCAUCUACCACCACUCAACGACCCUACCCCUCAUCAGUCAUGGGCCGCCGUCUUCGACCCAAACCCCAAUCACUGGCGCUGGGGGAGCACAGGCCGCGGCAUCUACCUGUGCGGAUAUUUAGAUCUUCCGCUCGAUUAUCACAACAAUUCUGACCCACGCAUCGUCCGCAUUGCGGUCACCAAGUUUCAGGUCGCCGGCUUGCCUCUUAGAAAUGAUCGCAAUGCUUCAUUCGAAAGCUACAAGAGUAAACGUACCAUCAUCAUCGAACCCGGUGGCCCGGGAGGCAGCGGCACGUCUUUCCUCUGGGAUACCGCGGAGGAGACCACCAACCGUUUCAGCGACGGUGAGUUCGAUGUGCUUGGGUGGGAUCCACGCGGUGUUAAUCUCUCUCUCCCUGCUGCGUCAUGUUUCCCUCGUAAUCAGUUCCGGGACAGAUGGUCAUUGCUAUCUCUCCGGCAUCGCGAGGAGGCUCCCAAGGGCCAGCUUGAAAUUGUCGAUGCCAUGAACAACGCCACCUUCUUUGCGUGUCAGCAACAACUCGGGGAUUUCGGCCGAUUCGUCAGCACCGCGUUCGUGGCGCGCGAUCUUGACGAGAUCCGGAAAGCUCUUCGGGAAGAGGAUGUCUCAGGGUACUUUGUUAGCUAUGGUACAGGAAUCGGUCAGACAUAUGUUAAUAUGUUUCCCAACCGAGGGGGUCGUAUGAUUCUUGAUGGAACGGAAUAUGUCAGAGACCACCGCCUCUUGGGUGGCUUUGGCUGGACUGCUCUUGACAAUACCACAGAUGCAUGGCGUGAUGGAUUCUUAGGUGAGUGUGUCAAUGCCGGUCCGGAGUGGUGUGCAUUAGCAAACCCUAUUCCCGGUCAAAAGGGCCCUGUGAAACUGGAGCAGCUGGAAUAUCGCAUGGCACAACUACUCGAGUCGCUCAGAAUCCGCCCACAAUCCGCGUACACAGAAUCCAGCGGUCCGUCCCUGAUCACAUACUCAGCGCUAGUAGACGAAAUCCUCUACUCGGCGAUGUACAAGCCGAUGAGCUGGCCUGAUAUCGCGCAGAUGCUCUUUGAGCUCGAAUCAGGAAAUGCCACACGAGCAGCGAACCUCUUAGACCUCUCAUGGAGCGAUCAUACCUUCAAGCCGCCCUAUGCUCAAGACCCGUCUUCUAAUGAACUCGAGUCUCUCGUGGUCUGUUCCGAUUCAUACGACGCGCCCCUUCCAGAUGGACUUGACUGGUGGGAUGAUCUGUGGCGGAAUAUGACGACCCAAAGUUGGAUCGCUGGCAACUCUCGGUUCUUCUCAGUCCUCCCAUGCAGACAUUUUAAUACUUAUUGGCCCCGUCCUUCAGAGGUGUAUCGUGGUGAUCUCAACCACACUCUCAACACACCUGUCCUCCUCAUCGCCUCCACGUACGAUCCUGCAACUCCCUUGCGUAAUGGGAGAAGAUUGUUAAAGGAGAUGGGUCCAAAUGCCCGGCUGAUUGUUCACAACGGCUAUGGACAUAGUUCCAGGCGUGAUACUUCGGAUUGCACAGAUCGAGUUGCGAAGGCUUAUAUUGUUCACGGCACACUUCCCGAAGAACAGGAAAUCGAGUGUUUUGCUAAUAAGAGGCCUUAUGUUCAUGAUAUUGUGGAAUACAAGUGA